UACACAACCAAACAUCAGCUCUCACUGAAAAGAAAUCAAGCAAAAAUGGAGGUAUUCAAUCACAAGAGUAGCAAUAGCAACAUUCUCUCUUUCUUUGCCUUCACAUUGCUAGCCUUGCUCCUCAUUACCACUCCCCUAGCAAAUGCCAAAGUGCAUAGUCAUCAUUUCGUCGUUCAAUCAACACCAGUGAAGAGGCUGUGCAAAACCCACAACACGAUCACGGUCAACGGGAUGUACCCGGGGCCGACCUUGGAGGUGGAAAACGGCGACACCCUCGUCGUCAACGUUGUUAACCGAGCUCGUUACAACGUCACCAUCCACUGGCAUGGAGUGAGGCAGAUGAGAACUGCUUGGGCUGAUGGGCCAGAAUUCAUCACCCAAUGCCCCAUCCGGCCCGGUAAGAGUUACACUUACCGGUUCACGAUUCAAGGACAAGAAGGAACUCUUUGGUGGCACGCCCACAGCUCGUGGCUCCGAGCCACGGUCUAUGGAGCUCUCAUCAUUCGCCCUAAACAAGGAGACUCCUAUCCCUUCCCUAAGCCCCACCGUGAAACUCCCCUUCUUCUUGGUGAAUGGUGGGAUGCAAAUCCCAUUGAUGUUGUGAGAGAAGCUACGAGAACCGGAGCCGCUCCUAACGUCUCCGAUGCAUACACCAUCAACGGCCAGCCCGGUGAUCUAUACAACUGCUCUAGCAAAGACACGGUGAUAGUACCAAUCAAGAGCGGAGAAACAAAUCUCCUAAGAGUUGUGAACUCCGCUCUGAACCAAGAACUCUUCUUCAAAGUCGCCAACCACAAGCUGACGGUGGUCGGGGCCGACGCCUCGUACCUCAAGCCCUUCACCACCUCCGUCAUCAUGCUCGGGCCGGGCCAGACCACCGACGUCCUCAUCACCGCCAACCAGCCCCCCAACCGCUACCACAUCGCCGCACGCGCCUACGCCAGCGCCCAAGGCGCCCCCUUCGACAACACCACCACCACCGCCAUCCUCCAAUACUCCUCCUCCUGCAGCCGCGGCAAAUGCACCUCCUCGAAGCCCGUCAAAGCCGUAAUGCCCGCCUUCAACGACACCGCCACCGCCACCGCCUUCACCACCAGCUUACGAAGCCCGAGGCGAGUCGAAAACGUCCCCACAAAAAUCGACCACGACCUUUUCUUCACGGUCGGGCUCGGGCUCAACAAGUGCCCGGGGCGGGCCCGGGCCCGAAACUGCCAGGGCCCGAACGGGACCCGGUUUGCGGCCAGCAUGAACAACGUCUCGUUCGUGCUUCCGUCAAACUUCUCCCUCCUGCAGGCGCACCAGCAGGGCGUGCCCGGGGUUUUCACGACCGAUUUUCCGGCCAGGCCGCCCAGGCAGUUCGACUACACGGGCAACGUGAGCCGGUCGCUGUGGCAGCCGACCCGGGGCACGAAGGUGUACAAGCUGAAAUACGGGGAGACGGUGCAGGUUGUUUUGCAGGGGACGAGUAUCUUCACGGCGGAGAAUCAUCCCAUCCAUCUCCAUGGCUACGAUUUCUACAUCGUGGCGGAGGGGUUCGGGAAUUUCGACCGGAGGAAGGACACGGCCAAGUUUAAUCUGGUGGACCCGCCGAUGAGGAACACGGCGAGUGUGCCGGUUGGUGGUUGGGCCGUGAUCAGAUUUGUUGCUGACAAUCCAGGAGUGUGGUUGAUGCAUUGCCAUUUGGAUGUGCAUAUCACGUGGGGUUUGGCGAUGGCUUUCCUCGUUGAAAAUGGUGUCGGAGAACUUCAAACGUUGCAGCCACCACCGCCGGAUCUUCCCGUUUGCUAGGUUUAUUGAGACAGAGGGCAGAGAGAGAUAUCAUGGCUUCCUUCAGCAAGUUUGAUUUAUUAAAUCUGUAUUGUUUACCCCAAAUAUGAGGAGUAUUUUGCUUUUUCUACUGUUUACUUAGUGUUGAUGUUCAUUCAUUGAUCUUUGUUGGAGGAUAAGUUGCUAAGUUUCUUUUCUAGUUAAUUGGCUUGCUAUAUUAAAAGCAUGGGUACUACAUCUUUUAUGGUA